AUGGCCCUAAAGCGCAUCCACAAGGAGCUCCUCGACCUGUCCCGGGAUCCCCCAGACCAGUGCUCCGCUGGGCCAGUGGGAGACGAUAUGUUCCACUGGCAAGCAACCAUAAUGGGGCCCAAUGACAGCCCCUACCAAGGAGGAGUCUUCUUCCUAACAAUCCACUUUCCUUCCGAUUACCCUUUCAAACCACCCAAGAUCGCAUUCACCACCCAAAUUUACCAUCCAAACAUUAACAGAAAUGGAAACAUCUGCCUGGACAUCCUUAAGUCUGAGUGGUCACCAGCCCUGACAAUUUCCAAAGUGUUGUUAUCCAUUUGCUCCAUGUUGUGUGACCCCAACCCAGAUGAUCCUUUGGUUCCUGAAAUUGCUAAGAUCUACACAAACGAUAGGAGGAAGUAUGAUAGAAUUGCUCGUGAAUGGACUGAGAAAUACGCCAUGUAG